AAAUGCAAUGGAUUUUUCUGCUUAUUAGUUGUUUUCGCAUGCAGCUCUUUCACAGUGAGCAAGAAGAAACUUUCCAAAGAAAUGGCCGAGGUCUAUGAAGUUCAAAAGGUGUCAUCGACUAUCCAGAAGCGAGAGAGUGAAGGCUAUGGUGAAGCUGUUGAUGGAGAAGAAGUAGUCACUGUCGCUUAUUUUGAGCAAUCAUUAUCGAUGCAAAGUGGAAAGUACUACUAUGGUGUACAAAUUGUUACUGGCAAGCAACUGGACACUGGAACUACUGGUGAUUCCUAUGUGAUACUGGUGGGAGACAAGGGGAAGACUGAAAAACUAUCACUGCGAGGCUGGUUUGAUUAUCAAGUAGGGGAAAAUUCAUUGAGCAACCUGACAAUUGUAACUGACGAUGACUUGGGUAAAGUGCUGGUUGUGGUUGUCGGUUGUGACACUGGUUGGUUUGAAGAUCACUGGUAUGUGAGCUUUGUCACUGUAGUCAACUUACAGCUACAGGAAGUUGACGAAUUUCCCUGCUACCACUGGAUUGACGGGGACAGCCACGUCACCAUUACUGCGACUACCACUACAAAAAGGGAUGUUGCUGGGAACAACAUUUUGCUUCAACAGAGAGCUAGGCAGCUGGUACAGCGCCGAGAUGUCUAUAGAUGGAGUAAAGAUGAGGUUAGUGGCCUUCCAUCUGGAAUCGAUGACACUGUUGCGAAGCUACCUGCUGAUGAGCAAUUUCGAACCGUCAAAAGUAUCAAUUUUACUACUGAUGCUGUGAAAAGUAUGGGCAGCCUAAAGAUCGCAGGCCUCUUUGUCGAUUGUGAUGAUCUCCAUGGCUAUGAGGUACUUGCACGAAACUUGGGAGGAGAGAGGCAGCUCUAUGAGGCUGGGCGUUGGACAUCGGAUGUGGAAUUUGGACGACAAAUGAUGAAUGGAGUCAAUCCAAUUUUCAUCGAGAAGUGCAGAGCUGUUCCACCCAAUUUCCAAGUGACCAACGAAAUGGUUCAGCCAUUUAUGAGCCUUUCUCUUGAAGAAGAAAUGAAGGCUGGUCACAUUUACAUCUGUGACAUGAAAAUCAUGGACGGGCUCAAGUCAAGAGAUGGAUAUUUCAAUGUUGCCCCGAUCUGUCUGCUCCAUGUGAACAAGAGCAAGCAACUGGUCCCCAUUGCUAUCCAGCUGAAGCAAGGCAAAAGGGAAGAAGAAAAGACAGAUAAUCCGAUUUUCCUGCCCAGUGACAGCUGGAUCGAUUGGCUCCUGGCUAAAAUUUACUAUCAGAGUGCACACAGCCAGGUUCAUCAAGCCUUCACUCACUACACUUCUUGCCACGCUACCAUGGAAGUGUAUGCUAUGGGAACUCAACGUAAUCUCCCAGAUCCUCAUCCUAUUUUCAAGCUGCUUGUACCACACCUUCGCUACACCAUGGCUAUCAAUUCUCGUGCUCGAGCAUCUCUCAUCAAUCCUGGAGGAGUCAUUGACCAAUUUUUUGGCAUUGGUGGGGAAGGAUUAGUUGAGGCAUGGAAGAGAUGUGGAGCAACCUACAAUGUUCACACCAGCAACAUCAAGCGUUGGGCCAAGGAGCGAGGGGUGGAAAAUGCCGAGCAGCUGCCUGGCUACUACUAUCGAGACGAUGGGAUCAAAGUGUGGGAUGCUCUGGAGAGCUAUGCUAGCGAUAUCAUCAACGAGUUCUACCAGACAGACGAAGAUGUUGUGAAAGACGAGGAGCUGCAAUCAUGGGCAGAAGACAUUCACACCAAUGGCUUCCCAGCAUACCAUGAUGCUCCUGUCGGACAUGGCUUCCCCAAUAAAAUGAGUUCCAAGGAAGAGUUGAAGGUGUACUGCACUCUGAUCAUGUUCACUGGAUCGGCCCAACACGCAUCUGUUAACUUCAUGCAGUAUUACUACUACCGAUUCGUACCAAAUGCUCCAUUUGGUGUUCGCCGACCACCACCUUCCAAGAAAGGUAUUGCAGAUUAUCAGUCCAUCCUAAACACUGUACCAGAGGAAGAAACAGCCAUAAAAAGUGUUGGCGCAACUCAUCUUCUCUCUCAGUACAGCCAAAAUGAGAAGUUCCUUGGGGAUUUUAAGCUGAUGUUCUCAGAGAAAAAAGCCAGAACAAGCCUAGAAAACCUCAAGGCAGCUCUGACGAAGGUCUCCAAAAGCAUUAAUACGCGGAACGAAGGCUUGCCUAGUAAUAUGGAGUACACUGCAAUGUUGCCUGAAAAGAUCCCAAACAGUAUUACUAUUUGAGACUUGAUUUACCGUUAUAUUAGUGACUGAAACUUACAUGUAUAGUAAUACAAUUAGAUCUAGUAUAGUUACUUAAUUAGAACGCUGUGUGCGUUGGUUUAUAUUUUGACUGUGAUAGAAUCUGAUGACUCA